AAAGCAAAGAGACAAUAAUGUAUUACAGUUUGGUCAGUAAUCUCUCUUUUUGAAAAGCCUACACAAUUUUCCAUCUUCACAGUUGUCAUUUCUGCAAAAGUUCACAAAUGAGGGAACGCAACUUCUUACAGUGCAGUGAAAAAAAAAAGAAGUCUCCUCCUCCUCCCACCCACACACCCACAGGUUGUUGUCUAGCUCUUUCAUAUGUUUGCACAGAGGCAGGCAGUAGAGACAGGAUGAGCUUGAGAAGAAGCCCACCUCUCACAUGAAACAAUGGAAAUGUGGCUGAAACGGUCGGCUCUACUGUUCUUCACAGUGGUAGUAGCAGCCACGAUGACAUCGGAUCAAGUCAAUGUGAUUCUGGAUCAUAAUACUGCAGAAAAAGUGGAAGUUCCUUUUGGUUCCCGUCUGAUUUUCUUCUGCAAUUUGAAUACGACUGGACUUGAGAGAUUUAGGAUGAACCUCUAUUUUAACGUCUCUGGACCUCCGUUCAAUCAGAAAAAUGCGACAUCUGAUAAGUUAUUUUACAAGAACUCCAGCAAGGGGAAGGAUGAUGGCCAAGACAGGCCAUUAUCCUUCAAUAAGACUUUUGAUUACCCUUCAAUAGCCACACACAACAACAGUGGAUUCUUCCUGUGCAAAAUAAAAAUAGAGAUUCCUGCACUUGAUACUAUUGUCAGUCUUCCAAGAGAAGUAGUUAUCACAAACAGAGUGGAACUUACAACGCACCCGUCACUACCCAUAGUUACGAGUAAACCAGCGUCUCCCACAGAAAGCUUCUCGCUGUGGUGGCUGUGGAUUAUAUUGGGAGUGUCUGCUGUCAUCCUGAGCAUCCUGCUGCUCAUGUGUAUCCUGCUGAGGAGAAGGUGCCGCCAAAGCAGAGAGGAGCCUGUCUAUGCAAACACUCAUUCGUGCAGCAAACAGCCCUCACCUCGGAUGCCUGUGGACAACCUGAAGAUGGUUCCUUCAUCUCAAAACCUCCGGAACCCGAGUCCAGGCAGGAGAUACGACGAGGGGACACGGAGACAGAGACACUGAAGAAGUCCUGGACCACCACCACUGUCUCAACCUCUCCACAUAUAAAUAUAUGCAUAUAUAUAUAUAUUUCCAUUUUAUUUGGUUUCUUCUUGUACAAUAUCCAUUUCCACCCACAAGGUGGCAGAUGGUGUUUUUGUAUUUCAACACCUGACAAUAUUUGAAUGUGUUGCCAACAGUGGCCUUUGUAUAGCAAAUAAGAACAAAGCAGCUAUGAAUUAAGGAGCUAAUGAUGGGAUGGGAUGCUUUCUAAUGAAUAAUGUGCUUAUUGUUUGAGAUUAAAAUGAAUGUUUUUGGCUGUAUAAAUAGUGUAUAAUAUUAACAGUUAGAUUGUGUUUGUGCAUUUCAUUAAUACACAUCAGAAUAAAACAAAUAAAAAC